AUGCCGCUUCUCUCAUACAUGGUGUGGCAGCCUGGCGUCUGGAAACGCCGGGAGGCAAAGUGCGAUGUGUGGCGCCCAGCCUCGAUGACCCGAAGAGGGUGUCUCAAGGGGCAUCGACAAUACCAGAAAAGAAAGAAGGACGGAAUUCAGUCCUCAUCAAAAUCCGUAAUUACGGGAUACAAGAAGCAAUACUCCGUACUCUGGCUCCUCAUGUGGUACCACGGUGAGGGUGACGUUGCAGCACUUGAUAGAAGUCCUCUCCAGGAUCGCGAGAUAGUGCAUCGAAGAGACGAGAUGGCGGGCGGGUUCUAG